AUCAUAUCAACAGCGUUAUGUUUUUGAAGAUCUGUGUAUUCCCGCGUUUGUGUUAAAGUUGUCAAUAUUGUAAGUACGACAUAAACUUACGAAAUUCGGAAAGACAAUAUUGAAAACUUCUGAAAGUAAAUAUAAGUAUGAAAUGAAUGGUUGCAGUACUGAAGAGGAGACCCCAAGUGGCCAUAACCAAGUGUGUUGUCUUCUUGAAGAAGAUGAGAGAUGUACUCAACCAGCUGGUAAUGCAAGCUACAAUAAAAGAAUUCAGAAAACAGUAGCUCAGAAGAAAUUGAAACUUAGCAUUGAUCCAAGUGCUAGACAUAUUUAUAUUUGUGAGUAUCAUAAAGGAGUUAUUCAAAGUUUAAGAAACAAACGAAAAAGGAAAGAAAGUGAAGAUGACAAUGGCUUGAAUGAUCAAGACAUGGAUAUUCCAGAAGUUGAUCUUUACCAGCUACAGGUGAGUGCUCUUCGUAGAUAUAAAAGACAUUAUAAGAUACAGACUCGCCAAGGAGUGAAUAAAGCACAACUUGCUGAGACUCUUUCUAGGCAUUUCAAGACAAUACCUGUGAACGAAAAAGAAGCUAUUACAUACUUUAUCUAUAUGGUCAAGAACAAUAAAAAUAAACUUGAUCAAAAGAAUGGAAAUGAGGCAGCAGGAACAUAGAUUUCUUUCUUCAAAUUGAAAAUAUAUGUCCUCUUUAAUGUUGUAAAUUAUUAUUGAUAUAAGUUUUGAGAAGUGUAAUAUUUAGUCACUAUUUUUUUACACAUGCACUUUCUGUUUCUGUAUCUCCCUUAUUUCUUAUAUUAAAAUUUUCAUUUAGCAUAUAUGCAGCUAUAGAGAGAGAGAAAAAGAGAAGGGGAAAAGAAAAAAAAAGUGGAAAAUGCAAAUAUUUUAGGCUUUAAUCAUAAAAUCAAUUCAAGAAGGAAAUAAAAUUUCUAAAAUUCCCUUAAAAUUUAUAUAAGGGAGGGUUUGAUACUUUGUUAUUGUUAAAAAUUUUACCUGAGAAAUUUUUUAAGUGUGUAACAAGUAAUAAAUAAUAAAUUAUAUUGAGACAAAAAUUACUCACUUUUCAGAAGUUACUAUACACAACACUUGAGUUUGCAAACUUCACAGCAAAGAGUAUUGUGUGUUUUCAUUUUCCUAAAUAAUGAGUAUUUUUAAUCAAAAUUACAGUAAAAAUUUAAUAUUAAUACUUAGGGAAGAGUUAAAAUCAUUUUUUCCAGAAAAUUUUGUCAGAGAUUUUGUUCCUGUUUUUUUUUUUUUUUUCCCCUUCUUUUGUUCUUUUUGCCAAACUGUUUGCUCAGUUUGCAGUUUUCUGUUUUUUUUUUUUCUAUAUUUAUGUUUAAAAGAAUGUGAAAUACCUUUAUCUACUUGCUUUCAUCCCACAGAUAUUUACAUUACUUCAAAAUUCAAGAGAAAUGUCUUGUGGAUGAGUGCUUGCUGGUAUCAUUUUGAUUUUGUAUGCAUGUGCAAGGUGAUUCAGAAAUCAAAAAAACUUGAACAAAAAAUUACUAACAAAUGAAAGUAGAUGAAUUGAAAUGGGACUUGAAUUUAAUGGUAGUACGAGUUACAAUUAAAAUUAUGAACUGCAGAAUUUCCAUGAUUAUGUUCCAAAGUAAGUUGUAAAUGAUUACGGUUAGAUGAGGGAAAAAAUUUAGUUUCAUAUAUCUUUUUUACCAGAUAUCAUUUUUAUUUAUAAAGUUUCUUUGAACUUCAGAAUCAUGGUGUAUAUGUGUAUUUCUUCAUUGGAUUUUGCUUUAUUGAUGUUUUCUAUAUAUUAAUUAAGAUAUUUUACUUUUGCAUAAAAUUUCAAUAUUAUUAAUGUAUAUAAACUUUGCAUUAUUUAUCUUUGUUGAAAUAUGUUUUCAAAAUUUUAAUUUACACCUACAAUAAAUUUACAUGUUCAGAUAUA